AUGCCGGCUACUCCGACCCGUUCUACGGGCAGUCACGGUGACGAAGGCGACCGCAGUGAGAAUGCUUCCAGUCGGCCGGGUACUCCAGACGGAUCGGCCACUGUGCGGAGCAUCCAUGCCCCUAGACCGCGGCGCAACCUAUAUGGAAUCACUGAGCACAACGGCAUGAUCAUCGUCAAUGGCGUAGACAUAGUGGCCCGUGCAACUAAUUGGCGCGAGCAAGGUCGAACGCAGGAGCAAGUCGAGAACCUGAGCCGCUUCAUAGAUUGGCUGAUUAUCGGCGGCCGAACAACAGAGCGUCCGAGUUCAAUGCCGACGCCCCUGCCGAGGCAGAAUGAGCGCCCGCCGAGCCCGCCCGACGAACUAAUUGUCAGGUCGAUGUACAAUCGUCAAUUGUACGGCUUGCCUCCAGAAGUCUUCCAGCGGGACCCAUUCAUACAAACGCGCCAAUGGCAGCAGCACUCGAUGGGCGGCAGAAGGAGCCCACCUCUGACGCCUCGAGAGCGCGAGGAGCGCAGGGCGGAGCAAGUUGCAGUUCCCCCGGUCCACCUGGACAAUGAACCGAGCCGCGACACUUGGCCGGUCGGAUGGGAACUUCACCAUGAUUACUACCUUUGGGCCUGUCGCGGGACCGUCGUCGACAUCGCCGAGCACCUUCAGGUGGCCUUUGACUUCAACCCACCCAUCCAGGAAUCUUUUGUUGCCGACAGGCUGAGUGGCGUGAACGCCUUCAGACAACUCACUUAUCUGCAAACGUAUUUCCCGGGCGAGACCCACUCCAUGCAGCGAGCUUUGGCGAGAGGCAUUAUCUAUGAGGCUGGUAUUGACCAUGCGGAGAUCCGCGGAGGCUUCCAGGAAUUGGAGGUAGAGCAAGAAGACCCCAGCAAUUUUGAGUACAGAGAGCCCGUAUGCCCCAGCUUUGGACCGGCCGACUGGGAUUGCAGGGACGAUGCAUAUCUGGCUCUGUAUCUGGGCCUGUCCCCAAGCACAUUCAUCCACGACUAUGGAUGGCUUUUCCCACACCCUAUCUGCCCCGAAUUCAUCCGUCUGCGCAUGGCCCAAAUUCCCUAUCUAGACCUGACUUCUUCGGACCUGCAGAGACAAGUGCGGCGACGUAAACGCUUCUUGAGCUGGGCUCCACGUCGACUUGCCAAUGUCAGACCAUGA